UCUCCUGGACAUGGCCGACAACGGCGGCUGGAAGCCGCCGCGCCCCUGCGAGGCCUACCGCGCGGAAUGGAAGCUCUGCCGCAGCGCCAGACACUUUCUGCACCACUACUACGUCCACGGCGAGCUGCCGGCUUGCGAGCAGUGGCGACGCGACCUAAUCAGCUGCCGAGACUGGGAGGAGCGCCGGAGCGUCGACGCCCAGCGGUCCCUCUGUGAGAGUGAACGUGCACGAGUCCAGGCUGCACAGAAGCACGCUCAGGUGUGGACCCCAAGGCAGAGCCCUCCUACAGACUGGCACCUCCCUCUGCUGCAGGAGGAGAAAGACAAGUGAUGAGUACCCCUGCACAACCUCCUCUGGUCAGUUUCAAGUGGGGUUAUUGUGUGAUCCUAAGGACUCUUGACUGGCACAGUCUAAUGGAUCUCUGGGAGCUACUACCUAGCUUAAAACAUGGAGCCUUCCAUCUGCAGUCCUCUUUUCCCACUCCUCACUGCUCUGGGGGUGCCCCACUGCUGCUAUAAUCUACACUUGAUCUUAGCCAAAAGGCCGAGAAGCGAUUACUGCUGCUAUAAUCUGAAAGAUAGUUGUGCCCACUGCACCGUUUCCAGGAAGUCAAAUACCACUGCAGGUCUCUGAGCCUCCAAGUCAUGUGGGAUCACAUUUCCUCCUGGGGACAACAGCACAAAAGAUGGUUGUCCUGAGGUCUACAAUCCUCAGGUAAACUUUUUGAGUGGUGACCCUGAGCAGUGUGGUGACGUGGAGGGGCAGAAUAUGCUAAAUGGUUGUGCUACAACGAACGGCUUUCCUGGUUCUUGACUUGAAAAUGAUCAUGCAAUGCCAGUGCUGACAGUCAGCUGAGUUCCAUGACAGUUCCUCUGCAGAUACAGUCGGCCUCUGGACCUGCACACCGCACGCCUAGCCUUACAAUACAGCCCUUGGAGACUAUAGUUUUUAAAUGCACACAGCUACACACAGGCAAGUUUGCAUGAAAUGGAUUCUUGGCUUAAGAAACCCAAGCACAAGUCAUAGAAUUUUGAUCUCUUUCCCUCAAAAUUUCCCUGAUCGUUUUUUAGAAAAUGCAGAAUAUAUCAAAAAUCAGUUCACGUAUUUGAUUCCAAAUAUAAGCUGAAAAUUAAAUUCACAAUUUGAUUGUUAAAAUUGUUAGAUUUCAUACCUAAUAUUGUGCUCAGUCUUAGAAUUUUGUAUACUCAUACUCUUGUAGAUAUUUUUAAAAUACACGUCUAUACCAACAAGAACUAGUUUUCAAAGAAGUCUGUCUUUAUUGGGCCUCCCCGAUGGCUCAGCAGGUUGAGCACAGCGCUGUGAAGCUGUUGGCAGCCUCUGCAGCAUGGGUUCGAUUCGCAGCCAGCCAGGGAGAUACCAACAUGGUGUGGCAGACCUCCCCUGUCGUGCCCGCUGUUCCCCUCAGCAGUGCUUUCCGUCUGUCUGCCUGUUCUGCUCCGCACUCUGUCUCUGGUGAAUCCUUUCAUUCUCCCGCGCCUCUGGCCAAUACCCCAGCUAUUGUAUAAAUAAAUUAAAAAAAAAAAAGUCUCUUUAUUGAUAAAAUGAUUUAUCAUCUUAGGGUGCAUAGCAGGCCCCAUUGUAUGAUGCUGAGGAAGAGGUGGGCCCCCACCCUCACUGCUUUUCUUCCCAGGCAGUGGAACCCAUGUGUCUUCCUUAGCAUUUCCCUUACGACUGGGCCCCAACCUGCCCACAGACUGUGGGUCAAAUAUCUUUAAACUCAUUUCGGGGUGGGGGGACAAACUAAUCCAUCUCUUCCAAAGGGCAUGCACCAAAGACAAAAUUUUCUCUCAUGCGUGUUUUUUCCUGUUUGUAAGAAUGCCUGUGUAUGUGCCUGUGAGUGGUAGAGGUAUUUGUGCAUAGGACCCCAGAAGCAGAGGUGAGUAUAACAAGUCAGGAUACCCCCAUUGCGGGGUCAAGUCUUGAUGUGUCCACCUACCAACCAGGGUGUGUCUCUUCUGGCUGUAGCUGGUUUCAUUAGCAUUUCUGGCUAAGGAGGAGUGAGGGGAAGGCAACAAGAGAUCUUCAAGUAUUCUCCUCACUCUGAAACACAGGAAGUCAAGUACCACUGCACAGGAUGCCUGGAAUUGUAACCUGGGGUUGGAGGGCUGCGGGGGAUGACUGAAGCAUACAGGAAAAGCCUAGGAGUGAGCAGCAGCCAACACAGCAGUCAGUUCUGAGGGGCCCACUCAAGGGAACUAUACUUCCUGUUAUCUGCUUAUUUAGUGCGGGGGGCAGCCUACUGCUGAGUGCUGUUAGGAAGUGUUAUCUCUUCUAGUCUAUUCAACAAGUUCCACAUGUACAGAUCAUCAUAUCUGGGUAGAUGUUCAUGCAUCCACUCCCGUGUUUACUCUUUCACGAUAUCUGAGUGCCUGCUACACAUGGCAGGGUUUGAGGCCCUGGGAUUGCAGUCUUGAAACAGACAAGUUGCCUUCUUAGAGUACUAACUGUACUUUGGGGGACAAACAUUUAAACAGUAAGUGUAAAGUGAUGCUGAGCGCUGUAAAGAAAAUGGACAUUGAUGAGAUAGAGCAGUGUCACACUAAACUUUUGUAAUCAUCUGGUACAUACUGUUACAUAUAACAUCUGUCACUGACUGAAACAAGUUUCACAAAACAGUAUGUAUACCAUGUGAUACACAGACAUUUGCAAAUCUGAGCCAUUGUAAAUUAUACAUGUAGCAACUUGGCAAAAUGCAAGGAAAUUAUGCUGUUUGAAAAAAAAUUUUAAGGAUACAUAUAACCUGGUUCUAUAAGUGUAACUUCAGUGAAAUGGUAUAAUUAUAGGGAUAGAGAACAUUUUAUAGUGUUGGGGGUUAAGGAUGAGUGGAAGGUGGCGUGGGUGUGGCUGAAAAGGGGUACUUGAGGAUGUCCUGUGGUGAUGGUUGUAUUUGCACAGCAAUACAGCUAGUAAAAUCAUGUAGAACUAGAUUUAAACAUGUGAGUGCAGACAUAAAAUCUGAAAACGCUCUGAGUUGAACCAGUGUUAGUCUCUGGGUACUGGUGCUACCAUGGUGUAAAAGAUGGUAGUGCUGGGGGAAUAGCACACAGCAUCUCCCUGUAUGAUUAUUUCCAACUUCCUGUGACUAUACAAUUACUUCAGAAUAAAAAGUUAAACUGCUGGCCAUGAUGCACUGAAUUGAUCAUACAACCUAAUGACUGAAUAUCUUUUUCAAAAACACUACUAUCAAGCCCCUGCAAUGGACAGGGAGGUGGGAAAGGCCCCAGUUUCUGAGCCCUGACCCAGAUGAGGCUCACAGCCUGCAAGGCAGAGAGCGGGCCACAACAGGUCAUGAGGAACAAGUGCUAUAGGCUGAUAGUGUGGGAGACGGGGAGUGAAAGCUGCAAUUGGGUCAGGAUUCAAUUAUCUGGGUGGAAAAAGCCACAGGUCCAAUCUGACUUGUGUUUUCUAGAUCCCUCUGGCUGCUGUGCACAAGAGCUAGGG